AUGUUUGUGAAGUUAUGUAUUCCAUUAUGGCAUGCAGCUGGUCCAAAUGGAUCAGUUAACUAUACUUGGCGAAGAAGCACUGCAGUUACUCAAAGAAAUAAUAAUCAAAAGCAUUGCAAGAUAACUGAGACAAAUUGUCCGUCUGCAGACUUGGUUGAGGCAUUUAUCAAGAUAAUAGAGGAGAAGGCUGACACGAUUGAUAAGGUAGAUCAUUUGGAAAUAUGGAUGCCCUCCACCGCCAGCGAGCAAUCUGUGAACUACUUGGCUCAACUUGGGUUUUUAAAUACUGAAGGCUUGAUGGCGAGGCACAUGCUGGACAGAUUACGCGUCAUUGAAGGGCUGCAUUACUAA